CGGUCGUCGGGGAGGGCAGUGCGGAGCGCCCGGGCAGCACGGCCGCGUCCGAGAGAGGCAGCGCUGAGCCUGCGGGCAGCGCGGCGGAGCCUGCCGCUGAGUCUACCUCCGUGGAUGGGGCCGAUCGAGUGUCGAGGGGCUCGACGUCCACGGCCACCACCAGGGAGUCCGUGAGGGUGAGUACCACCAACGUGCGCGCCUCCCUGGCCAUGGCCCUGGCGUCACACCUCGUUUCAUCCCAGACCACCGCCGCGUCGUCCAGCGGCGCCACGGUGUCCCUGGACCUGAGCGUGUCGGAGGACGUGCUGCCGAGUCUACCCGAGGAGCCCACGCACUCGGCCGAGUGGCUGGCGUACCUCGAGCACAUCGACGGCAUGGUGCUGCAGAAGCUGACGCAGGCCGUGCAGAGCAGCGUGGACGUUUUCUUCGAGGAAACAAACCCGGACAGGCCGAAAGCCGAAAGCAAGCCGCUGUUCGAGGUGAAUCUGGAGCUCAAGGACCCCGACAUCGUGUUCAACCCUUCGCUGGAUGACGAGGCUCGCAAGGGCUUCUACCGGCUGGUGGAGGGUCUGCUCUACGACGUGGUGCACAUGAGUGAGCUCAUCCCCCGCGUGGCCCAGCACAACCCCCGGCCACACUACAGGAAAGACAUCCACCAGAACACGGAGCUGAACAGCCAGCUGCAGGAGAUCCUCCUGCGCGUCCGCACGGUCAUCGCCGAGGCGGUGGACGAGUGCGACAAGAUGAACGUGCACUCGUACUUGUGGAUGGACGACCGCGACGAACUGUUCGGCCAGUUCCUCAAGUACGGCCACUACCUCACGCCCGACGAGCUGGACGAGCUGGCUGCCGCCGAGGAGGGCACCACGCCAAUCAAGGAGACGCCGCCCGACCUCGAGAAGUUCAAGGAGCUGAUCGAGCUGUACGAGGGCCUGUACAAGGAGAUCGACCAGAUUCCCACGGAGAAGGUGCUCCACACUUGGUUCCGCAUCAACGUCAAGCCCUUCAAGCAGGCCCUGCUCAACACCGUGUGCAAGUGGAGCAACAUGAUCAAGCAGCACCUCGUCGACCACGUCAUCAACAGCCUGCGUGGCCUGGCCGAGUUCAACGAGGAGGCCGAGCGCGAGCUGAGCCGCGAAGUGAAGGAGGGUGACUACGAGGCGCUGCUCGCCGUCAUGAACUACCUGGGCAAGGUGCGCGACCGGCGCGAUAAGACGGACACCAUGUUCGAGCCCAUCAAGGACACGAUCGAGCUGCUCAAGACCUACGACGUGGAGUUCCCCGAGGAGAUCUACGUGCAGCUGCAGGAGCUGCCGGACGCGUGGAACAACGUCAAGAAGAUCGCCAUCGCGGUGCGCACGGCCGUGUCGCCCUUCAUCACGCACGAGAUGAACCAGAUCCGGCGCAGGAUCACCGUGCUGGACGCGCGCCAGCUGGCCUACCGCGAGGCCUUCAAGAAGAUGCCCUUCUUCAGAUUUGACUGCAAGAACUGCUACGACGAAAUCGACCAGGCUCAGAAGGAGAUAUGUGAGCUGGAAGAGUACAUCGGCAAGAUUUCCGAGCAGGCCGCGUUGUUCGAAGUGAACGUGCCGGACUUCAGGGGCGUGAAGAUGUGCAGGAAGGAAAUAAAGAUGAUCAAGCAACUCUGGGACUACGUGAACGUGGUGCAAAGCAGUCUGGACGAGUGGAAGACGACGCCCUGGAGGGAGAUCGAGGUCGACAACAUGGACAUGGAGUGCAAGAAGUUCGGCAAGGAGCUUCGAACCUUGGACAAGGAGAUGCGGGGCUGGGACACGUUCAUCUCCCUGGAGGCCCUGCUCAAGAACAUGGUGACGUCGCUGCGCGCCGUGAGCGAGCUUCAGAAUCCCGCCAUCAGGGAGCGCCACUGGCGGCAGCUCAUGGCCGCCACCAAGGUCAAGAUCGUCAUCGACGAGAACACAGUGCUCGAGGACCUGCUGCAGCUCAACCUGCACUUAUUCGAGGACGAAGUGAAGACCAUCGUGGACAAGUCCGUCAAGGAGAUGUCCAUGGAGAAGGUGCUGCGCGAACUGGACGCCACCUGGCGGGAGCAGGAGUUCGAGCGCGAGGAGCACCCUCGCACCGGGGUGCAGCUCAUUCGCACCUCGGAGGAGCUCAUCGAGACGCUGGAGGAGAACCAAGUGCAGCUGCAGAACAUGAUGAGCUCCAAGUUCAUCGCCUUCUUCCUCACAGAGGUGUCCGAGUGGCAGUCCAGGCUGGGCAACGCGGACGCCGUCAUCAGCAUCUGGAUGGAGGUGCAGCGCACUUGGUGCCACUUGGAGUCCAUCUUCGUGGGCUCCGAGGACAUCCGCAGCCAGCUGCCGGAAGAUUGCACCCGCUUCGACAUGGUGGACGUCGAGUUCAAGAAACUCCUUGAAGAGCUGACCGUCGAGCCGAACAUCGUCCGGUUCACCAACAAGAAGGGGCUGUACGAGAAGCUGGAGGAGCUGCAGGCGCACCUCACCAAGUGCGAGAAGGCGCUGGCGGAGUACCUGGAGACGAAGCGACUGGCCUACCCGCGGUUCUACUUCGUGUCCUCGGCGGACCUGCUCGACAUCCUGUCCAACGGCAACCAGCCCGCCAUGGUGGCAAGGCACCUUACGAAGCUGUACGACUCCAUGGCCAAGCUCAAGAUGGAGGGCAGCUCGGACAACAAGGCCAGCGCGCCCAAGAAGGCCGCCAAGGCCAAAAGGGACAGCGCCGGUUCGGGCAGCGAUGCGAGCUCCAAGACGGACGUGAAGGUGGAGAAGGCGGACAGCGGCUCCAAGCUGGCGGUCGGCAUGUGGGCCAAGGACGGCGAGUACGUUCAGUUCAGCCAGAAGUGCGACUGCGACGGCAAGGUCGAGGUGUGGCUGAACCGCGUGACGGACACGAUGCGUGUGACGGGCCGCCACUUCUUCCGCGAGGCCGUCACCUCGUACGACGAGAAACCUCGCGAGCAGUGGAUCUUCGACUACCCGGCGCAGACCGCGCUGGUGGGCACGCAGAUCUGGUGGACGACCGAGGUGAACAUCGCCUUCAGCAGGCUGGAGGAGGGCUACGAGAACGCCCUCAAGGACUACAACCGCAAGCAGGUUCAACAACUCAACACGCUGAUCGGCCUGCUGCUGGGUGACCUGUCGGGCGAGGACCGGCAGAAGAUCAUGACCAUCUGCACCAUCGACGUGCACUCGCGCGACGUGGUGGCCAAGCUCAUCACCCAGAAGGUGGAGUCGAGCACGGCCUUCCAGUGGCAGUCGCAGCUGAGGCACAGGUGGGACGACAAGAUCGACGACUGCUUCUGCAACAUCUGCGACGCGCAGUUCCGAUACGACUACGAGUACCUGGGCUGCACCCCGCGCCUCGUCAUCACGCCCCUCACCGACCGCUGCUACAUCACCCUCACGCAGUCCCUGCACUUGAUCAUGGGCGGCGCGCCGGCUGGGCCCGCGGGGACGGGCAAGACGGAGACCACGAAGGACUUGGGUCGCGCCAUGGGAGUCAUGGUCUACGUGUUCAACUGCUCCGAACAGAUGGACUACAAGUCGUGCGGCAACAUCUACAAGGGCCUGGCCCAGACGGGGGCGUGGGGAUGCUUCGACGAGUUCAACCGCAUCUCCGUGGAGGUGCUGUCCGUCGUGGCGGUGCAGGUCAAGACGGUCCUCGACGCCAUCCGCUUCAAGAAAACCCGCUUCAGCUUCCUGGGCGAGUCCAUCACGCUCACUCCCACCGUGGGCAUGUUCAUCACGAUGAACCCCGGGUACGCGGGCCGCACGGAGCUCCCCGAGAACCUCAAGGUGCUCUUCAGGCCGUGCGCCAUGGUGGUGCCCGACUUCGAGCUCAUCUGCGAGAUCAUGCUGGUGGCGGAGGGCUUCCAGGAGGCCCGCCUGCUGGCCCGCAAGUUCAUCACCCUGUACACGCUGUGCCGCGAGCUGCUGUCCAAGCAGGACCACUACGACUGGGGCCUGCGUGCCAUCAAGUCCGUGCUCGUCGUGGCCGGCUCCCUCAAGCGCGGCGACCGCCAGAGGCCUGAGGACCAAGUGCUGAUGCGCGCGCUGCGCGACUUCAACGUGCCCAAGAUCGUGACGGACGACCUGCCCGUCUUCCUGGGCCUCAUCGGCGACCUGUUCCCCGCGCUGGACGUUCCCCGGAAACGCGACCUAGACUUCGAGAAGGCCGUCCGCCUGGCCGCCACGGACCUGCAGUUACAGCCCGAGGACAACUUCAUCCUGAAGGUGGUGCAGCUCGUGGAGCUGCUGGAGGUCCGCCACUCCGUGUUCAUCAUCGGCUUCGCCGGCACGGGCAAGUCCAUGGUGUGGAAGACGCUGUUCAAGACGUACCAGAAUAUGAAGAUGAAGCCCUUCGUGUCGGACCUGAACCCCAAAGCCGUCACUAACGACGAGCUGUUCGGCGUCAUCAACCCGUCCACGCGCGAGUGGAAAGACGGCCUCUUCUCCGUGCUGAUGCGCGACAUCGCCAACAUGUCUGGGGACGGCCCCCGCUGGAUGAUGCUGGACGGCGACAUCGACCCCAUGUGGAUCGAGUCGCUCAACACGGUCAUGGACGACAACAAGGUGCUCACCUUGGCCUCCAACGAGCGCAUCGCCAUGACCAAGUCCAUGCGGCUGCUGUUCGAGAUCUCGAACCUGCGCACCGCCACGCCGGCCACCGUGUCCCGCGCCGGCAUCCUGUACAUCAACCCCACGGACCUGGGCUGGAACCCGUACGUGACGUCCUGGAUAGACAAGCGCGACCAGCCGGCCGAGAAGGCCAACCUGCUCAUCCUGUUCGACAAGUACGUGCCGCCGACCCUCGAGGCGCUGCGCACCAAGUUCAAGAAGAUCACGCCCGUGCCCGAGAUCGCGCACGUCAAGAUGCUGUGCGACCUGCUGGACUGCUUCCUCACGGACAAGAACCUGCCGCCCGAGUGCCCCAAGGAGUGGUACGAGAUCUACUUCGUGUUCAGCUGCGUCUGGGCCUUCGGCUCCGUGCUCUUCCAGGACCAGUUGGUGGACUGGCGGAACGAGUUCCACAAGUGGUGGAUCAACGAGUUCAAGGUGGUCAAGUUCCCCGCCGGCGGCACCGUCUUCAACUACUUCAUCGACCCGGACACCAAGAAGUUCCUGCCUUGGAGCGAGAUGAUCAUUCCGUACGAGUUCGACCCCGACACGCCCCUUCAGGCGACGCUGGUGAGCACGUCGGAGACCACCCGGCUGCGCGUGUUCAUGGACCUGCUGCUGCCGCGCCGCAUCCCCGUCAUGCUGGUGGGCGGCUCCGGCUCGGGCAAGACCGUCAUCGUGAACGCCUGCCUCGGCAAGCUGCCCGACUCGUACAUGGUCACCAACGUGCCCUUCAACUUCUACACGACCUCCGAGAUGCUGCAGAAGGUCCUGGAGAAGCCGCUGGAGAAAAAGGCAGGCAGGAACUACGGGCCGCCGGGCAGCAAGAGCAUGAUCUACUUUAUCGACGACAUGAACAUGCCCGAGGUGGACAAGUACUUCACAGUGCAGCCGCAUACGCUGAUCCGGCAGCACCUGGACUACAACCACUGGUACGACCGCGGCAAGCUCACGCUCAAGGACAUCCACAACUGCCAGUACGUCUCCUGCAUGAACCCCACGGCGGGCAGCUUCACCAUCGACCCACGCCUGCAGCGCCACUUCUUCGUCUUCGCUGUCAGCUUCCCCGGUGAGGAGGCACUCACGCACAUCUACACCAACAUCCUGCAAGGCCACCUCACCCAGUCCGUCGUCAAGUUCAACCCCGCCGUGGUGCGCCUCGUGCCGUCGCUGGUGCAGUCCGCGCUCUUCCUGCACUCCAAGAUGUCCACCGCGUUCCUGCCCACCGCCGUCAAGUUCCACUACCUGUUCAACCUGCGCGACCUGGCCAACGUGUUCCAGGGCAUCUUGUUCAGCUCGCCGGACUGCCUGCCCGACCACUCCGCCCUGGUGCGGCUGUGGGUGCACGAGGCGACACGCGUGUACCACGACAAGCUGGUGGACGACUCGGACCGGGACCAGUUCAAGAAGCUGCUCAUGGACGCCGUCAAGAAGGUCGAGAGCGAGCCCUUCGCUGAAGGCGUGGACGAGGCCGCCGUCCUCGAGAAGCCUAUCAUCUACGUGCACUUCGCCGAGGGCAUCGGCGAGACCAAGUACCUGCCGCUGGACACGUGGGAGGCGCUCAACAAGCUGCUGCUGGACGCCCUGGCGCAGUACAACGACAUGGUGGCGUCCAUGAACCUGGUGCUGUUCGAGGACGCCAUGGACCACAUCUGCAGGAUUUCGCGCAUCCUGAUGGGCCCGCGAGGCAACGCGCUGCUCGUGGGCGUGGGCGGUAGCGGCAAGCAGUCCCUCACCAGGCUGGCGGCCUUCAUCUGCAACCUGGACGUGUUCCAAGUGCAGCUGCGCAAGGGCUACGCCAUCGCCGACCUCAAGGCGGAGCUGGCCGUGCUGUACCAGAAGGCCGGGCUCAAGGGGGCGGGCCUGCUGUUCCUCAUGACGGACGCGCAGGUCCCCGACGAGCGCUUCCUCGUCAUCAUCAACGACAUGCUGGCCUCGGGUGAGAUCCCGGACCUGUUCGCCGACGACGAGGUCGAGAACAUCAUCAACCAGAUGCGGGGCGAGGUGAAGGGCGUUGGCAUCCAGGACACGCGCGAGAACUGCUGGAAGUUCUUCAUCAACCGCGUGCGCUGCAUGCUCAAGACCGUGCUCUGCUUCUCCCCCGUGGGUGCCACGCUGCGCACGCGCUCGCGCAAGUUCCCCGCCAUCACCAACUGCACCGCCAUCAACUGGUUCAACGAGUGGCCGUACGAGGCGCUGCAGUCGGUGUCGCUGCGCUUCCUGUCCGAGCUGGAGGCCCUGCCCGAGAACCUGCGCAAGUCCGUGUCCGAGUUCAUGUCGUACGUCCACGCCUCCGUCAACGAGAUGUCCCAGGCGUACCUGGUGAACGAGCGGCGCUACAACUACACGACGCCCAAGUCCUUCCUGGAGCAGAUCGAGCUGUACGGGAAGCUGCUGACGAGCAAGUCCGACGAGCUGUCGUGCAAGAUCGUGCGCCUCCAGAACGGCCUGGAGAAGCUGGCCAGCUGCGGCGAGCAGGUCGACGGCCUCAAAGAGGUGCUGGCCGUGCAGGAGGUGGAGGUGCGGCAGAAGAACGCGGCGGCCGACGAGCUGAUCGUGGUCGUCAGCAAGGAGACCGAGAAGGUGUCCAAGGAGAAGGCCAUCGCCGCGGAGGAGGAGCGCAAGGUCAUCGAGAAGGAGGAGGAGGUGUCCGCCCAGAAGAAGAUCUGCGAGCAGGACCUCAAGGCUGCCGAGCCCGCGCUCAUCGCCGCGUCCGAGGCCCUCAACACCCUCAACAAGAACAAUUUGUCCGAGUUGAAGGCGCUCGCCUCCCCACCGCUGGCAGUCACCCAGGUGCUGGCGGCCGCCAUGGUGCUCAUGUCCCCCAAGGGCAAGGUGCCGAAGGAGCGCGGCUGGAAGGAGUCCAAGGCCUUCAUGGGCAAGGUGGACACGUUCCUGGACAACCUGCUGCACUACGACAAGGAGAACAUCCACCCUGACGUCGUCAAGGCCAUCAAGCCCUACCUCAACAACAAGGAGUUCGUCCCGGAGCUGAUCCGAACCAAGUCCACCGCCGCAGCAGGCCUGUGCGCGUGGUGCAUCAACAUCAUGGCCUUCCACGACGUGUACGUGAACGUGGAGCCCAAGAGGCGCGCGCUCAACGAGAAGAACGCCGAGUGGGUGGCGGCGCGGCAGCGGCUGGCCGAGCUCAAGAGCAAGCUGGACGUGCUGGAGGGCGAGCUGGCCGUGCUCACGGACAAGUUCGAGGUGGCGGUGGCGGAGAAGCUCAAGUGCCAGGAGGAGGCCGACUCGACGGCCGAGACCAUCGACCUGGCCAACCGGCUGGUCACGGGGCUGGGCUCCGAGAGCGUGCGCUGGCAGGAGUCCAUCGCCAACUUCCAGAAGAAAGGCACCACGCUGCCCGGGGACAUGCUGCUGGUGACCGCCUUCAUCUCCUACGUGGGCGGCUUCACGCGCUCCUACCGAGUGGACCUGCAGCACAAAAAGUGGCUGCCCUUCCUCAAGACCUUGAACCCGGCCAUCCCGCUGACGGAGGACCUGGACCCGCUGUCCAUGCUGACGGACGACGCGCAGGUGGCGGCCUGGAACAACGAGGGCCUCCCCAACGACUCCAUGUCCAUCGAGAACGCGACCGUCAUCAUGAACUCGGCGCGCUGGCCGCUCAUGAUCGACCCGCAGCUGCAGGGCAUCAAGUGGAUCAAGAACCGGUACGGCAAGCACCUCAAGGUGGUGCGUCUGGGCCAGAAGUCGUACCUGGACGUCAUCGAGCGCUCCAUCAGCCGCGGCAAGACCGUGCUCAUCGAGUUCAUCGGCGAGACCAUGGACGCCGUGCUCGAGCCGCUGCUCAGCCGCGCGCUCAUCAACAAGGGCAGAGCCAUCAAGAUGGGCGACAAGGAGAUCGACUACAACCCCAAGUUCCGGCUCAUCCUGCAGACCAAGCUGGCCAACCCGCACUACAAGCCGGAGAUGCAAGCGCAGACCACCCUCAUCAACUUCACCGUGACGCGCGACGGCCUGGAGGAGCAGCUGUUGGCCGAGGUGGUGAAGGCCGAGCGGCCGGACCUGGAGAGUCUCAGGAUGGAGCUGACGACCAAGCAGAACUCGUACAAGAUCGAGAUCAAGAACCUGGAGGACGAGCUGCUGCAGCGGCUCAGCUCGGCGGGCGACAACGUGCUGUCCGACAAGGCCCUCGUGCUCAACCUGGAGCGCACCAAGCGCACCGCCGAGGACAUCGUCGUCAAGGUGGAGGAGUCCAAGGUGACGGGGCAGCGCAUCGACGAGGCCCGCGAGCACUACCGCCCGGCCGCGUCGCGAGCGGCGCUGCUCUACUUCAUCCUCAACGACCUGCACAAGAUCAACCCCGUGUACCAGUUCUCGCUCAAGGCCUACACCGUGGUGUUCCACCGCGGCAUCCAGCUCGCCACCCCUGCGGACACGCUGCAGGCGCGCGUCAACAACCUCAUCGACUCCAUCACGUACCAGACGUACAUCUACACGAGCAGGGGGCUCUUCGAAGCGGACAAGCUCAUCUUCAUGAUGCAGAUGGCCGUGCAGAUGGAUGCUGCUGAAAACGUGCUGCUCAAGGCCCAGGAGGUGGAGCCCGUGGAGCUGGACUUCCUGCUCCGCUACCCGUUCGUCACCAACCUGCAGAGCCCCGUCGACUUCCUCUCCGACACGUGCUGGGGCGGCAUCGUCGCGCUGUCCAACAUGGCCGAGUUCAAGAACCUCGACAAGGACAUCGAGGGCGCGGCCAAGCGGUGGCGGACCUUCGUCGAGUCGGAGGCCCCCGAGAAGGAGAAGUUCCCUGGCGACUGGAAGGGCAAGUCCGCGCUGCAGCGCCUGUGCAUGAUGCGCGCGCUCCGGCCGGACCGCAUGAUCUACGCCACGCAGGCCUUCAUCGAGGAGAAGCUGGGCGCCAAGUUCACCGAGUCUCGCUCCAUUCCGUUCGAGAAGUCGUUCGAGGAGAGCAGCCCCACGACGCCCACCUUCUUCAUCCUGUCGCCCGGCGUGGACCCCCUCAAGGACGUGGAGAAGCUGGGCCGCAAGAUGGGCUUCACGUCGGACAAGCGCAACUUCCACAACGUGUCGCUGGGCCAGGGCCAGGAGCCCGUCGCGGAGAAGGCCAUGAAGCGCGCGGCCAAGAAGGGCCACUGGGUCAUCCUGCAGAACAUCCACCUGGUGGCCAACUGGCUGCCCAGCCUGGAGAAGCGCAUGGACAAGUGCGCCGAGAAGCCCCACGACACCUACCGCCUGUUCAUGAGUGCCGAGCCUGCGCCCGCGCCGGAGUUCCACAUCCUGCCGCAAGGCGUGCUGGAGUCCUCCAUCAAGAUCACCAACGAGCCGCCCACCGGCAUGCACGCAAACCUGCACAAGGCGCUCGACAACUUCUCACAGGAGACGCUGGAGAUGUCCACCAAGGAGGCCGAGUUCAAGUCCAUCCUGUUCGCGUUGUGCUACUUCCACGCCGUGGUCGCGGAGCGGCGGAAGUUCGCGGCCCAGGGCUGGAACCGCGUGUACCCCUUCAACUUCGGGGACCUCACCAUCAGCGUCAACGUGCUGUACAACUACCUGGAGGCCAACACGCGGGUGCCCUGGGAGGACCUGCGCUACCUGUUUGGCGAGAUCAUGUACGGCGGCCACAUCACGGACGACUGGGACCGCCGCCUGUGCGCCACCUACCUGGAGGAGUACCUCCAGGCCGAGCUGGUGGACGGCGACCUGAUGCUGGCCCCCGGCUUCACCUCGCCACCCAACUCGGACUACUCGUCGUACCACCAGUACAUCGAUGACUUCCUGCCCCCCGAGAGCCCCAUGCUGUAUGGGCUGCACCCCAACGCGGAGAUCUCCUCCCUGACCGCCACCUCGGAGAAGCUGUUCAAGACCGUCUUCGAGAUGCAGCCGCGCGACGCCAUGGCCGGCUCUGGCGCCACGGUGUCCAGGGACGAGAAGGUGAAGCAGAUGCUGUGCGACAUCCUGGAGCGCCUCCCGGAGCCCUUCAACAUGGCCGAGAUGAUGGGCAAGGUGGAGGACCGCACGCCCUACGUCAUCGUGGCCUUCCAGGAGUGCGAGCGGAUGAACCAACUCAUGGCCGAGCUGCGGCAGACUCUGGUGGACCUCGACCUCGGCCUCAAGGGCGAGCUGACCAUCACGCCCGCCAUGGAGAACCUGGAGCAGUGCCUGUUCAUCGACAAGGUGCCCGAGAACUGGUCGGCGAAGGCGUACCCCUCCAUGCUGACGCUGUCGUCGUGGUUCGCCGACCUGCAGCUCCGGCUCAAGGAGCUCGAAAAUUGGACGCAGGACUUUAUCAUGCCCGGGUCGGUGUGGCUGGCGGGCUUCUUCAACCCGCAGUCCUUCCUCACGGCCAUCAUGCAGAGCAUGGCCAGGAAGAACGAGUGGCCGCUGGACAAGAUGUGCCUCCAGUGCGACGUCACCAAGAAGGGCCGCGACGACUUCAGCCAAGCGCCGCGCGAGGGCGCCAACGUGCACGGCCUGUACAUGGAGGGCGCGCGCUGGGACGUGGGCACUGGCUGCAUCGUGGACUCGAGGCACAAGGAGCUGUUCCCCCUGAUGCCCGUCAUCUACGUGCGCGCCAUCACGCAGGACAAGCAGGAGACGCGCAACGUGUACCAGUGCCCCGUGUACAAGACGCGCCAGCGAGGGCCGACCUUCGUCUGGACGUUCAACCUCAAGACGCGCGACAAGCCCACCAAGUGGACGCUGGCCGGCACGGCGCUGCUGCUCAGCCUCUGAGCGCGAAGCCCCUGUGGGGCCCUGCCCGUCCCUCCGGCCGAAAGAGUCUUUGUUUUUAGUAAAGUAUAUUGUUGUGUGGGUAGGUCGUAGGUCAACGGUCCUUGCCUCACGAUCUCGAGGGUAGGUAGUAAGGUAUCAACCCACUUAGUCUGUAGUAGUUUAUUAUAUCAAUCAUGGCUGUGAGUUUUCUGUAUGUGUCUUUCAACUCUUGUUGCCAACAUUUGGCCAUAUUUUAUUUCCUUUUUGAUGCUGAUUAAUAGUGAUCUUGAAUUUGUAUCUUUUGAGUUGCGUCAUUCUUUUUUGACUCAACUAUGAUAAUUUUGAGCCAGGUUU